AUGCCCCGUAAACCCACGCCGGCAGGCAAGCAGCGGGUGCGGACUGGCUGUCUAACGUGUCGGAAAAGGCGAAGAAAAUGCGAUGAGCAAAAGCCGCGAUGUGCCAACUGCGAGGUCAAGGGCUUCACCUGCAAGUAUGGCGCCGAUCUGGCCUUCGUGCCGCCUCGGUCGGGCCAAGCGCCCGGAGGCACGCGACAGUCAUAUAGUACAAUUACGUUCGUGGAUGAUUUUCCUGUCGCAUAUGCUGCAGCAGGGAAAGACCGUUCUCGACAGCCUGACAAGACUCUGUCACAAUCUCAGGUCGAUUCCCUCAGUGGACGAGAGAUACUCAAUCCUCCUGGUGAUACAUUAUAUCCGAAUGCGAAUGGACCUCGUGCAGCUCUUGAACUGAACGACAUCCUUACAACGAAUGCCCCCGUUGACUAUCCUACGGGAACGAGCCUACAACGUGUUCCCGGGUUUGUACUCGGGAGCAAACCAAGAAAUCAACCCAGCGAUCUCGACCGAAAUCGCACGACGCAAAGUUAUCUUGGAUUCUCCUUUGGGCCUCAGAAAGCCCAUCAAAGGCCUCCGACAACGAGUAAUAAUCACGAGACUGACUUAUUACGACAUUUUCGUUAUCACGUGGGCCCUUGGAUAGAUGUCGGAGACCCCGACUGCGCCUUAGGCGUUCAGGUUCUGCUUCUGUCGAGAACAUGCAGAGCUCUUCAAUUAGCGAUCCUUGCCCUGUCCGUGGGUCAAAGGCCUCUCCUUGCGCUUCCACCACAGAGUGAAGACCUUUCAAACAGUCUUCGAUUCCGCGCGGAAGCAGAGCAUGGCAUUAGCUCGGCGCCGGAGCUAGAACAGCAUGCAAUACGUGCUCUAUUACUAUUGCAGGAGAUUCUACCUUCAGGGCUUGAGCAAUGGAGAAGUCACCUUCUACCUUAUGUUGAGUCUCCAAAUGGAUUUCUAUCGCCAGUGCAUCUGGCCGAUGAACUCGGAGAAUCUUCAUUCUGGCUUUACUUCAGGAUUGAUCUUGCAGCUUCGAUGUUCAAGGGCAAACCACCACUUGUCCCAUUCCAUUCCUUUCUCCAACAAGAUGGUUCCCCGAUCCAUACCACAGAACCCGAACAUCGACUUCACUCUAUAAACAAAGUUUACAAGCAUGCCUUAUGCCUGCUAGGGCAUUGUCUUGCUCUGAUAUAUGGAGACGCCGAUGUCGCCUCUCCACAAACAGCUAGAUCGCCAGAGCUAGCUGCGUUUACAUCCCUGCGGCAAUCCCACUUUCUUUCCCAGUGGACCUUUCUCUGGACCGAUUGCCAAAAAUGGUACAAUGAGCGCCCGGUCGAGGCACAACAAAUUGUCGACGUCCGUGGAGGAGAGGCGGCCAAAAUUGACCCCGAGCACGAUUCAUCAUUUCCAAUCUUAAUCUAUACGACACCAAUGGCGCUGGUCGCUAAUACUGUCUAUCAUAUUACUUCUCUUCUUUUGCUGUCACACAAACCGCGAUUGCUGAAAUCUUUACCUGGGUCAAGAUGCUUCACCUCUCAUAUAUGGCAUGCACAAUCGAUCUCUGGAAUCGUCACCAGUAACGAUUCGCCCGAACAAUGGGAUCCGAUAUUGGUUGCUAGCCUUCUUCUUAUUGCACAAGAAAUGACACACGAGUCCCAGCAAACAGUUCUUUUGGAGCGAUUGAGAAUGAUUACUGCCACAACUGGAAUCAACUUGGAGCAUGAGAUUGAGGCGCUACAGUCGGUCUGGAGCAUUGCGCGAUAUGAUGAAGAACCAGAAGAAUAA